AUGCAGAACACCAACACGAAGAAGAAGAAGACAAAGAAGACAAAGACCAUCAUCGCGGACGAGCAACCUCGUCUCCUCGAGACAAAGGAGAAGAAAAGAAGAGGAGGAAACCAGAAGAGCAACAAACGCGCUCUCGAUAUCGAGAGUUCUCUCUCUUUAUCUUCUUCUUCUUCUUCUUCUUCUUCUCAAGAAGCGGUAAUACCGUUAGGGAAAGACGAGGAAACCUACCACGUGUACUCCGCGGUGUUUAUUAAACUCUUCUCUUCUCCUUACUCUUCUCAUGCGAAAACGAGGAAGACCACGGGAAGACUUUUAGGUGGAGAAGGCUUUGAAAAGUGUACCAGCAGAGAGGCGCUUCUCUCGCUCGCGUUUUACGGAGACGAGGAGGAGGAGGAGGAGGAGAACGAAUUAGAUGGUCGGAGGAGCAGCACGAGCAACACCUUGAAGAGCGUCGUCUCUUUGGAAAGAGUUUCGUUGAGCGGCAGAAGCAACAAAGGCGGGAAAGGAGGAGUGUCUGUCGUCCCGUGCGUGGCUGCCUUUGCCGCGAUGGACGAGAUUCGAUUCGCGACGAAAUCUUCUUCUUCUUUGCGUUUUGUUUUGACCAACGCGGAGAACAAACGCGUGUGCGAAGGAAGGUUGAACGCCGCCGGAGAAGGGGUGGCGGCAUCGAUUUGGAGUCGGGUGGAGAGCGAAGAAGACGAACGAGAGGAGGAAGAGGAGGGAGAGGAGAAAGGCAAAAAAGUUUUAUCGCGGACGGAAAAGAAAGCAAUAACGACCGAGGCGGCGACGAGGGGAAAACGAAGAGGAGAAAGCGACGAGGAGACGUGCCGCUUGGAAAUGUCGUUCGUCGGUGAAAACGCGACGGUGAAAGCGUCGUGCGAGGUGCCCGCGGAGAAAUUUUUUGCCAUUUCCCGCUCGAAUGAAAGACGCGUCUCUUCUUCUUCCCGCGAGCAUUCGCCGACGCCGUCGGAAAGAGGAGGGGGCGCGGGUUCCGAGAAAUCCGUCUCUUGGCACGAAUUCAACGUCGAUCGAAGAGAUGAUUUCGCGAAUAGCAGCGGGGACGACAACGUCGAUGACGACGAAAUCGACGACGACGACGAAAAGAACGAUUUGAAAACUCUACUCGUUCGUGGUAAUACUACUACGAAUAGUAGUGAGAGUAGUAGUCACAUCAACGGUAAAGAAGAAAAGAUAAUGAAACCGGCGAUGAUGCGAAACAAAAAGAACUCAAAGUUAGUCUCCUGCUUGCGAGAACUGAUUCCGUUAGAAAUUCCUUCCGCGGUUGCUUCGUCUGGAAACAUGAUUUUACGGAAAAUCGACGAUUCGAAGGCUUACGCUCAAGACACGACGGCGCUGAUACGAGCGCAGUACGCGGAAUUGACCAAAGAAUGGAAUCACACGAAAGCAAAACUCAAUUCAUCCGGCGAUAUCAUCUCGGAAGAAGAAGAAGAAGAAGAAGAAGACAGCAUUCGCGGUACGAACCGCGCGUUAGUCGAGAUGCAACAAAUGACCAUCGUUGACGACGGCAUGAAAAGUGUCGUCAGCGGAAGAGCCGAAGCAAACGCCUCCACGGAAACCCACGCCAACGAACUUUCGUGGUUCUCCGCGGGCGUGCGCAUUGGCGUCGGCGUUGGAUUGGGAACGUGCUUAGGUGUUGGAAUAGGUGUUGGAAUUUUGGUCAACGGUAUGGUCGCUGGUAAAGAUAAAAUCGCACGGAUCCGUACGGUCGUAAAAAGCAGAAUAACCGGAAGUUAA